AUCUGGAAGUGAGGCCCGAGGACAGGACAACACAACACAACACAACACAACACAACACAACACAAUACAACACAAUACAACACAAAACAACACAACACAAUACAACACAACACAAUACAAAACAACACAACACAAUACAAUACAAUACAACACAACACAACACAAUACAACACAAUACAAAACAACACAACACAAUACAACACGACAUAAAACAACACAGCACAAUACAACACAACACAAUACAACACAACACAAUACAACACAACACAAUACAAUACAACACAACACAACACAACACAACACAACACAACACAACACAACACAACACAACACAACACAACACAAUACAAUACAACACAACACAACACAAUACAACACAAUACAACACAACACAAUACAAAACAACACAACACAAUACAACACGACAUAAAACAACACAACACAAUACAACACAACACAAUACAACACAACACAAUACAACACAACACAAUACAAUACAACACAACACAACACAAAACAACACAACACAAUACAACACAACACAAUACAACACAACACAACACAACACAACACAAUACAACACAACACAACACAAUACAAUACAACACAAUACAACACAAUGCAACACAACACAAUACAAUACAAUACAACACAACACAAUACAAUACAACACAACACAACACAACACAAUACAACACAACACAACACAAUACAACACAACACAAUACAACACAAUACAACACAAUACAACACAACACAAUACAAUACAACACAACACAACACAACACAACACAAUACAACACAACACAAUACAAUACAACACAAUACAACACAAUGCAACACAACACAAUACAAUACAAUACAACACAACACAAUACAAUACAACACAACACAACACAACACAAUACAACACAACACAACACAAUACAACACAACACAAUACAACACAAUACAACACAAUACAACACAACACAAUACAAUACAACACAACACAAUACAACACAACACAACACAACACAACACAAUACAACACAACACAAUACAACACAAUACAACACAACACAAUACAACACAACACAACACAAUACAACACAAUACAACACAACACAACACAACACAAUACAACACAACACAACACAAUACAACACGACACAAAACAACACAGUACAACACAAUACAACACGACACAACACAACACAAUACAACACAAUACAACACGACACAAAACAACACAACACAACACAAUACAACACAAUACAACACAACACAACACAACACAAUACAACACAACACAACACAACACAAUACAACACGACACAAAACAACACAAUACAACACAACACAACACAACACAAUACAACACGACACAAAACAACACAAUACAACACAAUACAAUACAACACAAAACAACACAAUACAACACAAUACAACACGACACAAAACAACACAAUACAACACAAUACAACACAAUACAACACAACACAACACAACACAAUACAACACAACACAACACAACACAAUACAACACGACACAAAACAACACAAUACAACACAACACAAUACAACACAAUACAGCACAACACAAUACAACACAGGACAACACAACACAAAACAACACAACACAACACAACACAACACAAUACAACACGACACAGGACAACACAAUACAACAUGGCGUGUUGUAUUGUGUCGUGUCCUGUUGUGUUGUGUUGUAUUAUGUUGUGUUGUCUUGUGUUGUGUCGUGUUGUAUUGUGUUGUGUUGUAUUGUGUUAUAUUGUGUUGUGUUGUGUUGUGUUGUGUUGUUUUGUGUUGUGUUGUGUUGUGUUGUUUUGUGUUGUGUUGUGUUGUAUUGUGUCGUGUCCUGUUGUGUUAUAUUGUGUUGUGUUGUGUUGUGUUGUGUUGUUUUGUGUCGUGUUGUGUUGUGUUGUAUUGUGUUGUGUUGUGUUGUAUUGUGUCGUGUCCUGUUGUGUUGUAUUGUGUUGUGUUGUGUUGUGUUGUGUUGUGUUGUGUUGUAUUGUGUUGUUUUGUGUUGUGUUGUGUUGUAUUGUGUCGUGUCCUGUUGUGUUGUAUUGUGUUGUAUUGUGUUGUGUUGUAUUGUGUUAUAUUGUGUUGUGUUGUGUUGUGUUGUGUUGUGUUGUGUUGUGUGUCCUCCCUGAUCCAGCGCUGAUUUAAUGGAAAUCUGGAAGCGGCCCGAGGACCAUCAACCAGGAUGAGGGGCAUUUAUGCUCUCCCACACCUGGAGCGCCAUAUUGCAGAGGGCGAGCGGGCAGCUGAAGGCGUGACCGAUCUGUCAAACUGAUGGAAAGGUCACGCCUUCGGAAACAUCAGCUGUUUUAAGACGCGUCACAUGACCGUCACGUGACACUCUGAGGAAGACGAGGUAAACCUGUGUCUGAAAAAAGAACAUCUGAUCGUCAUACAGCAGCUCCAAAGUUCUGUGGGGCAGAAGUUUGGUUCUACGGUUUUGGACCCUGACUAAAGGAUCUUAAACGCACUGUCAGAAGUGCGUAAAUUAAAUCUGUGUUUGAGAGGAUGGAUGGAGUUCCUUGUGUUCUCCUGGUAAAUCUGGUAAAUCACUCUCACCCUUAAAGUUCCCCUGUAGCCGGUACCGCCUGUUUCACUCCGGGUUUGGGUUUGUUCCUCUGGGUCAGUCAGACCCUGAAGUUUGUAGACAUGAGUCUGCUGUGGGGGAUGUGGUCUCAGCGGUGGGUUUUCGUACUUCCAGGUUUGCUGUUGCCUUCCUCUACUACGGGAUCAGUUUCCGGAUCUCAGGAUUUGGCGUCAGCAUCUACCUCACACAGUUCAUCUACGGCGCCAUCGAAGCUCCGGCUAAAAUCUUCACCUUCUUCAUCCUGAACUGGAUCGGUCGGAGGAACGGCCAGGCGUGGUUUCUGAUCACGACCGGAGCGUUGAUCGGGAUCAACACCGCCAUCCCUUUUGGUGACAUCAUGUCCUGUCUGCUUUCACAGAAUGAACGUUUGAAUUUCAGUUGACAUUUCCAGACGCUCACACACGCUCGCCGUGUCCUUUCUCAGAGUACGCCAUGGUUAGAAUGUGCAUCGCCGUUGUGUCCAAGGGGUUCUCAGAGGCGGCGUUCACCACAGCGUUUCUCUACACGGCUGAACUCUUCCCGACCGUCCUGAGGUAAGAACCAGAACUCAGUGAUCCACUGAUGAUCUCCAUUAGAACACUGUUAGCGGUCUGAGUCCGAAGAGACAAAGACCUUCAGAAGAACACGAGGUCCUCCACAUCAUGACCGACGUUUCUUCAACAUGACCUUUUUCUACAGGAUAGACGUUUAUCAUCUAGAUUCAACCACUGAAACAGGUUUUUAAAAACCUGUGGAGACCUGUAGACCUUAGUGGACCCAGCAGACCAGGUUCUGUAGACCUUAGUGGACCCAGCAGACCAGGUUCUGUAGACCUUAGUGGACCCAGCAGACCAGGUUCUUUAGACCUUAGUGGACCCAGCAGACCAGGUUCUGUAGACCUUAGUGGACCCAGCAGACCAGAUUCUGUAGACCUUAGUGGACCCAGCAGACCAGGUUCUGUAGACCUUAGUGGACCCAGCAGACCAGGUUCUGUAGACCUUAGUGGACCCAGCAGACCAGGUUCUGUAGACCUUAGUGGACCCAGCAGACCAGAUUCUGUAGACCUUAGUGGACCCAGCAGACCAGGUUCUUUAGACCUUAGUGGACCCAGCAGACCAGGUUCUGUAGACCUGAGUGGACCCAGCAGACCAGGUUCUGUAGACCUUAGUGGACCCAGCAGACCAGGUUCUGUAGACCUUAGUGGACCCAGCAGACCAGAUUCUUUAGACCUUAGUGGACCCAGCAGACCAGGUUCUGUAGACCUUAGUGGACCCAGCAGACCAGAUUCUUUAGACCUUAGUGGACCCAGCAGACCAGGUUCUGUAGACCUUAGUGGACCCAGCAGACCAGGUUCUUUAGACCUUAGUGGACCCAGCAGACCAGGUUCUGUAGACCUUAGUGGACCCAGCAGACCAGGUUCUGUAGACCUUAGUGGACCCAGCAGACCAGGUUCUGUAGACCUUAGUGGACCCAGCAGACCAGAUUCUUUAGACCUUAGUGGACCCAGCAGACCAGGUUCUGUAGACCUUAGUGGACCCAGCAGACCAGGUUCUUUAGACCUUAGUGGACCCAGCAGACCAGGUUCUUUAGACCUUAGUGGACCCAGCAGACCAGGUUCUGUAGACCUUAGUGGACCCAGCAGACCAGGUUCUGUAGACCUUAGUGGACCCAGAAGACCAGGUUCUUUAGACCUUAGUGGACCCAGCAGACCAGGUUCUGGAGUCUGACACUCAAAUCUUGUCCCUGGUCGAGGAUUUCAGCUGCUCCACAGUUCAGGGUCUUCUUGGUCCUGUUUUUGGGGUCCUGAUGGUCCAAAUGUAUCUAAUGGGGGACGAGUCAGGACCGCAUCAGUCCAGGUUCUCAGCAGGACUCUUCUCCUACAGAACCAUGCUGUUGUCAGAAGUGGUUCUGGAUCAUAUGAAGGUCUUCCCUGAACGCAGAUGUUAGUCCUGAACCUCCUUCUGACCUGUUUGGUUGUUCCUCGAUUCCCCCCAACACACACACACACACACACACACACACACACACACACACACACACACACACACACACACACACACAGACACACACAGACACACACACACAGACACACACACACACACACAGACACACACAGACACACACACACACACACACACACACACACACACACACACACACAGACACACACACACACACACACACACACACACACACACACACACACACACACACACACACACACACACACACACACACACACACACACACACACACACACACACACACACACACACACACACACACACACACACACACACACACACACACACACACACACACACACACACACACACACACACACACACACACACACACACACACACACACACACACACACACACACACACACACACACAGACACACAGACACACACACACACACAGACACACACACACACACACACACACACAGACACACACACACACACACACACACAGUUUUCUGUUGUUGGACCUUUUAAAUGUAGAAAUCGGAGAAACUUCGACCUCCAGUCCGAAGAUGAACUUCGUUUAGUGAUUUCAAAAACUCAAAUACCGAAGCCGACCUUUAAACUCUUACAUCAGCAACGAUGGUGGAAACCAGAUCGUCUGUGGGCCAAAUCAGUGGUUCUCUGGACCCUGAUCACAGUUCUGGUUUCCUGGUCUCGGAGGACGGAGGACUGAAGCUGCUGUCUGUGUUGUUGGACAGGCAGUGUGGGAUCGGGUACACUUCCUGUCUGUGUCGGAUCGGGAGCUCGCUCGCCCCCCUCGUCAUGCUGCUGGAGGACGUCUGGCUCCUUCUGCCGCCGCUGAUCUUCGCUGCCACAGGGAUCGUCAGCGGGAGUCUGGUCUUCAUGCUCCCCGAGACGCUCAACGUCCGUCUGCCCGAAAACAUCUUUGACGUGGAGGAGGGAAGGUGAGGUUUGUCUUUGGAGACACUUUGUCUUCAAACGUCGAAAACAUCUCAAAAACAUCGUCGGAACAGGUGACGGAGAUGAGUUAACGUAGUUUCAUUCGUCCAGUUUCAGAAGGACGAACAUUUUAACCUUCCUGUUCAUUUUAACCUCCAUCCAGACGACUUUGUCCCCAAACAGACAUGCAGAUAAAUGUUCAUAAAAUCAUCAUUUUUUUAACUUUUUUCUUUUUUCGACUCAAAUCUCUGAAACACCUUCAGCUCUGACCAUUAAAACAGUCAUGAAUAGAAAAUUUGAUGUUUUUCCCUCUUUAUUCCAGUUUCUGUUCAUCAUGUCAUAUUUAUUGAUAAAGUCUGUCGAAGCAGAAAAACUCGACAUUUUCACCUCCUCUUCUCGAACCUCGUCCUCGACCAAAUCAAAUACGAUCAAAUUCAUGUGUUCAUAAUAAAUUAAUUUAAUAUAUAAACAUAUAAAAUCAGCAGAUCUCUGUAAGAUAGAAUCAUUUCUGAGUGUUUAUCCUCCUCUAACUAAAAUCUGACCCUGAUUACUCUGAUAUAAAAAUAACUGCUGAUUUGAGAUGUGAUAUCUUCUCCCCUGAUGAUCUGAAGGACCUGUUCAUCCUCAUGCAUGUCCAUCCACCUGCUCUGAACUGAGGACAAAGUAGAAACUGUCCAAAUGUCCCCCUCUCUUUGUCCCACACUGCAGAACUUGGACGUCAGAUUCUCGACUGUAAAAACUCCCAUCAUGCCCGGUUCUAAACAUGGAUGCAGAUUCUCACCCGUGCACACACGCAGGAGCACACAGACUUCUCCUUCCACACAUAUCCCACUCUGAGACAUCCAGAUCUAGUGUCAUGUAAAGUUUCCUUCAUGUCUGAUGAUGUUUAGUGGAUGAAUCUUCAGACUCUCUCAGUCCAUGAAUGAAGACUUGCGUGCUCAGCGGCUCUGAAGGGGUUAAAAUGAUGUGCGGCUCAGUCUGUCGUCUCACUAAGUCAGAUUUAGAGUCCUGCUGAUCGACUGACUGCAGAGAAAAGGUUUAAUAUGUUGUUAUGGAGCCGUAAACACACGCUCAAAGAACCUGUUUUUAAUGGAAGUCUAUUGGCCGACAGAGGAGGGUGGGCGGAGCUAAAAUGACGGAGAACUACAGGAGACACUGAGUUUUAAUUUAAUAUGAAUAAAAAUAAGAACUCUGAGAAAAUUAGAGUUUCUGAUCUUUAAAACUGUCAGCUCAGAGUAAAGAGGAGGAACGGAGGUGUUAACGUGGAUUUGGUAGUCCAGUUUCAGGGGAACCUUGUUUUGAUGGUUUUAGUCGUCCGGUUUCAGUCCGACUUUCUGAAGAGUAUGAAAAUGUUUAGACGCUCUGUGGUUUAAUGAGUUAAAUAUUGUUCUCCCUGUCUAACAGCUGGACAUGAUUCAAUAAAAUAGAAACCAAUAAAUUACUGCUGUAAUGGAAGAGACUAAAAAAUGAUAUUAAAGAUGAACUUGAAUGUUGUGACUCUCUAAAACGAUCAUAAAAACUUUGAUUAAAAGAGAAACAGUCAGUAAACAGUCUUCCUCUUUAAUUCUGUGUGAAGCACGGAUCCUUCCCGUCUGGUUGUUUUAAACACCGCUGAUUAUUCAUGAGUUAUUCUCUUUUAUUGAAUCAAUGAGGAGACGAUAACUUUAACUCCACUUCCUCAGAAAUAACUCGUAAUAACUGUCGCUCUGAUGGUUCGUUAUGAUCCUGAACUAAAGUCUUUAGUUUUAGUUUCAAUACUGAACUCUUUGUGGAAAAGAUUAAAUUUUAUCGGACAUUUUUUUAUUGCAGGCGGAAAUUUCUAAUCAACGCUUAAGAACAAAUCGUCUUUGAAAAAAAAAAAGAAAAAUGAUCAAAACGCGUCGAGACGGUGGAAAUGAAGUCAAAACAUGUUUUUACUGUUUUUCAAAGUUUGGACAAGUUGACUCUAAAUAUUCGACGACGAUAAAAGAAAAAAUGAAAAUUUCUUUCUUUGUUUUUCUUUCAGGUGAAGUGACGACCUCUCAGAUUACAUCGAGUCUUUUUUUCUGUUUUUUCUUUUUAAAUAGUAAAUUGAUUUUUAACUUAGAUUUGUGUGAUUAAUGAAAAAUAAUUAACAAAAAUUUUAAAAAUAUUUACAAAUAAUUUAAAUAUUUUUAAUUAUUGUUAUUUUUUAUUAUGAAUAAUAAUUGUUUUGAUGAAUAAGCAAAAACAAUAAUUCCUCAAAUUUUGUUUUGUUUUAUUUUUUAUUUUUUUAGGGGGAAAAUAUUAAAUCAUUUUUUUUAAAGGUUCACCUGGUUUCCCUUUAAUUCUUUUGUGUUGUUAUUUUUUAUUUUAUAUAUAUGUUUUUAUUGUUUCUUCCUCUUUUAUAAUCGACUUCUUUGACUGUGUUUGUGUUCAGACACCGACAGUGUGACGCAGACGGCGACGCAAAGAUCGAGUUGAUGAAGCUAAACUCCAAAGAGACGACAGACGCGCAGGACGACUGACGAGCUGCAGGACGAUUGGUCGAGUUUUUUCCAGGAGGCGGAACAGAGGAGUGUAGCUGCUGUCUGCUGUGGAAGGAUCGGUGCUUCUUGAUUUUGGUUCGGACGUCAAAAUUCGUGUCAGAUAAGCAGCGUGUUGUGUGCAGAGCUGACCUUCAGUAGAGGUUGUCCUGUUAGUGUUUUCAGUCCUCAGUCAAGACGAGCUGAUGAUGAUGAUGAUGAUGAUGAUGAUGAUGAUGAUACUCGGCUGUCAAUCAAACGACGGUGAGUUUCAGGUGCCACACGGCCGUGUCUCAGCUCACCACCUGUUCCACAACCCCUGACUUCAAAUUCAGACGAAGCAA